AUGAAAGACCUCCGAAGGUACCUGGUGUUCAAAUACAUCCAAUAUCUAGUCUUACCUUCUCCAAAUGCCAUCAUGACCCUACUGGGAUUGCUCGCUAGUCUGUAUGUCAUGCUGAUAUUGACAUUUCCUUCUGUAUCCAGAAAAUCCACUGUGGUGUUUAUUAGUAACAUAGCUCAGGCAGACAUCUUAGUUGGCUGCAACAUUUUUUCUGCCAUCACAACAGGAGUGACAAAUAGUGACACAUCUUUAGCUUCUUUUCAAUCUGCCUUGAGGCAGAACUUCCAAAUUGCAAAUGUUCAUGCCAGUUCCCUUUUACUCAGCUGUGUUAGCCUAGAGGCUUUUCUGAUUACGUUUCUUCCAGUAGAGACUCGCCACAUAAGGAAUGUUAGAUGUGCUAGAGUAGCUUCUAAGAUCAUCUGGGCUGCUGUAAUUAUUGAGUGUUUCCUUUAUCAGCUAGAGUGCAUCAAAGGCUUUAACGUUUCUUAUCUUGGCAUUCAUAGGCAAGCUCAACUAUUGGUGAAUUUCUGUUAUGACACCACAGCAUUGCUGAAAUUACUUGUUUACCCGACUGGAGUUCUUUUAAGAAUCUUCAAUGUUUAUCUUUUUUAUAAAAUUUAUUUCAGGGACUUCUAUAUUUAG